AUGGAUCAAAAUUUUCCUAUUCCACAACAACCACAGAUUACACCAGAACGUGACCGCCAGUCGCAACGUGAACAAGAUAGAAUUAACAGACUUCAAAUGACGUCUCCCACCAGACGCAAUCGCCGUCGGGCUGCCCAGGAUAAUCAGGACAGACCUCCGCCUGCUGUACCACAGCCAAAUUUUGUGCCAGCUAAUGAGCCACAAGCAGGCCCUGUUCUACGACCUUUUGCAUGGCAACCCCCCGCACACUUCCCACAUCAACCACUACCAGUUGAGCGAUAUCCUGGCUUGCCAAGAAAUGUGAUUGCGCAUGUGGAGCGUGCUCAUCAGUUUCCUUCUGUUGAUUAUAAUGCUCGCUUAAAUGAGCAAAUGAAUGCUGCUCAAAAUGAUAGGCGCUGA